AUGCUCCCGGAGAAACCAGUGACCAAGAUGAUUGCGGAUGAUUUUCACCGAAUCUUCCGUCAAGGGAACUCGGAAACAAUGGUGUAUAACAUUCGUCAGUCCUACCAUAUUGCUCAACUGGGGAUAGUCGUGCAACAAGUAGUCGCAAAAUAUCGGUGUAAAUUGAUAAAAGCAAUGCCCAAAGAACCACAGAUGGCACCACAUCCUGUUGCUCGUCUAUCGUCAUUCACCCGACCAUUUACUUAUGUCGGUAUUGAUCUGUUCGAUCCCUUGUUAGUGAAAGUAGGUCGAAGUACGGCUAAAAGUUGGAUAUGUUUGUUCACCUAUUUUACUAAUCGCGCCGUCCAUGUAGAGGUUGCCUACAAUUUGUCUAAAUCAUCAUGCGUAAAGUGCAUUCGUCGUUUUGUCUGUCGUCGUGGUGCGCCAGCCGAGAUUCAUACCGAUAACGGCACCAAUUUCCAAGGCGCAGAGAAUUUGUUACGAAAGCAGAUUAAUGCAAUACACAACGAACUUGCAUCAACUUUCACCAACACAGAUACUAAAUGGAUGUUUAUACCACCAGAAGCACCUCACAUGGGUGGCGCGUGGGAAAGAAAGGCUCGAUCCAUAAAGUCGGCCAUGCAGGUUGCGUACAACAACGAUCGAAAGCUUGAUGAUGAAGGGUUAGAAACGUUGAUUGUGGAAGCCGAGAACGACGAUGAAGGGGAAGCACUUACGCCGAAUCACUUUUUGAUGGGAAACUCAAGAGGUGUUCGUCAGCCAACUGUACUGUUCAGUGAUCCAGUAUCUGCGGUUAAAAACUCCUGGAACCAGAUUCAGUACCAAUUAGAUGUUUUCUGGAAAAGAUGGAUCCGGGAAUACCUCCCAAUAUUGACAAAACGGAUGAAAUGGUUUGGUGAUAUGAAGCCAGUAGCUGAAGGGGAUCUAGUCCUGAUUGUCGAUGAUAUCCAUAGGAAUGGUUGGAUACGUGGACGUGUUAAGGAGGUUGUUACGGCGAAGGAUGGUGAAGUUCGGCAAGACAUUGUACAAACUGCCAGAGGGAUGUUGAGAAGACAGAUCGAAGUUGGCUGUAUUGGAGGUUGA